GUGGCUCGCUGGUUCAAUGAACUAGCCGAGUUCCAACCACAGUUCAAAUGGAGUCCAGGCGACAGUAACCAAGUGUCGGAUGCAGUGUCUCGAAACCCACUCUUUGAGCACAAUGCCGCUCAGGUUAGUCUCAGUGAGCUCAUUGAAGCGGCUCGAAACCGUGAAAUUGUAGCUAGCGUCCAAACGACCAGUGCAACUGUGACGCACUCGGCCAAACAACUAGAUGAUGAAAAUGCUCGACUGGUAAUUCCGGGCAAUGAAGAUCUGAAGAACCGUGUUAUUUGUGAAAACCACGAUGUGGUCACGGCAGGUCACCCCGGAUACUUCAAGACAUAUGUGGUGAAGCACCGAACAAGAAUUUCCAACUGCGAUGACAUCAAGCGACACGGUGGCAGAACGAUAGGCAGGGAUCAGGCUGCGGGUCGCGGAUCAAGAGGGUCUAUUGAGAGAUCUCAAGCGAUUGGAUAA